AUGCAUCAGUUUGCAAUAGUGCAAGUGACUUAUCCAGAGGAUCAGAACCAAGUAUCAGUGGGAAGGGGUGGUAUAUUGUCCUAUAGUGGCAAUAUAGAGGAGCAAGUCUCUACAUCCGCGGGGGACUUGAAUACUGACUGUCCUCAACUCUUACAGUUCCCCCCUCCAUCCCCUGGGCUAGAAGAGCGCAGUGAGGAACCACCCCAGGAAAUGCCAAUGACACUCGUCCUUCGCACUUGGAGCAUGGUUGUUGUGACUUUUGUCACAUGCAUGGAGACACAUCCAGGGCUAAAGCAAGAGCUCCUGGAAGAGAUAGAGGAUUGGUUGCAAGAGUGGAACCGCAUCUCGACAGCCAUGGCUGCGUCUAGUGACAAGGCACGCGCUGCGGGCAUUGCACUCAACUUGGACGAGGGCGAGGUGAAACUCCUCACCGAAACGACUAAGUGGGCAGGCGUGGCCCAGAAGACUGUCAGCGAUUGGAAGAAGCAUGCUGAAGAGCUGAUGGCUGCUGCCACUGACGCACGCACUGGCAAGGCUCCCGCAGUUACAGCUGCAGAGGAUUGCGAUAUGGGGGUUCUGUGUCCUGGGGGUUGCAUGUCUACUCCUAAGUGCAAUUGCUGCACUGUGCGCGGCAUCAUGUGCAACGGCACACUGGCCAAGCGCAAGGCCGUUCCUGGUGCACCUUGUUCACACAAGGUUGUGUGUUCUGGUGAGGCCACUGUGCCUGCGCCUACUGUUACCACUGCUGAUGAUGCAGACACAUCUGGCAAGUCGGAGGUCAAGAUCCAGGAGGAAUGGAGAUAUCACUCACAUGGCCAGGAGGCGGAGUUGCUCCUCAUGUCCAACAAGCUCUACACGAUGUCAGAUGACUGGAGCAUCAUGGAGAGGGAGAUGGGGGACAUCCUCAGGGAACAGUAG